AUGGAGGCUUUGGACGCUGGAGGGUCCUCCGCGCCCCUCGUCGCGGACGGCGCAGGAGCAGCGCGCGCGAUGCCGAGCGGCGGAGUGGUGUUCACUCCGCUGUACGGCGCGCACGCCGACGAGCCGCUGUGCUACCACCUGCGGCUCGGCCGGCUGCACCUGCUGCUGGACUGCGGCUGGACCGACCUCCUCGACACUGACCUGCUCGAGCCGCUGCGCGCCGUCGCGCCCGCAAUCCACGCCGUGCUGCUCUCGCACCCCGACAUGGCGCACGCGGGCGCGCUGCCGUACGCGUAUGCGCAGCUGGGGCUGCGCGCGCCCGUGUACUGCACGGUGCCGGUGGCGCGGCUGGCGCAGCUGAUGCUGUACGACCAGUUUCUCGCGCGGCGCAGCGCGGGCGACUUCGAGCUGUUCUCGCUGGACGACGUGGACGCCGCGUUUGACGGCGCCGUGCGUCUCAAGUUCGCGCAGCCGCACGGCGUGGGCGACGAGCGCGAGGGCGUGAGCGUGACGCCGCUGGCGGCGGGGCACCUGCUGGGCGGCACGAUCUGGCGGAUAUCCGUGCACACGGAGGACAUCGUGUACGCCGUCGCCUUCAACCACAGGGAGGAGCGCAUCUUGGGGCGCGCGGUGCUGGACACGGCCGUGGUGCGCCCCGCCGUGCUCAUUGCCGACGCCGCCACGGCGCUGCUGGCGCCCGUGAAGCGCAAGGCGCGCGACGCGCAGCUGGCGGAGGCGAUCAGCAGCACGGUGGGCGAGGGCGGCAGCGUGCUCAUGCCCGUGGACACGGGCGGGCGCGUGCUGGAGCUGCUCGUGCACCUCGAGCAGCUGUGGGCGGCGCAGGGGUGGGAGGUGCCGGUGGUGGUGGCGACGGGGGAGAGCUACAGCAUGGUGGAGGGCGCCAAGGCCAUGCUUGAAUGGCUCAACCCCUCCACUGCGCGCCACUUCGACGCCCAGCGCACCUCGCCCUUCAACUUCAAGUACAUCCGGCUGUGUCACAGUGUGGAGGAGGUGGAGGAGGUGGCGGGUCCCAAGGUGGUGCUGGCGUCGCUGGCCAGUCUCGAGGCGGGCUUCGCGCGUGCGCUUUUUGUGCGCUGGGCGCCUGACCUGCGCAACACCCUGCUCUUCACCUCGCACGCCCCGCCCGGCUCCCUCGCCCACACGCUGCAGACCAACGACGUGCGGUUCCCGGUGGUGAGUGUGAGCAUGAGCGAGCGCGUGCCGCUGGAGGGCGAGGAGCUGCGGGCGUACGAGGAGCAGCAGCGCCAGCAGCACCAGGCCGCCAUGGACGCUGCGAGAGGAGGCGAGGGCGAGGACGGGCAGGGGGAGGGCGAGGAAGGGGAGGGGGAGAGGGAGGGCGAGGGAGGGGAGAAGGGGGAGGCGAAGGAUGAGGCGGAUGGGGAGGUCGUGGAUGAGGAUGACGCAGAGCCGUCCCCUGUGACCGCGCGGCCCCCCUCGGACGUUUUCUGUGAGGGCUUCUCCCCGCUGCCCCUCGCACCCUUCCCCCGCGCCCUCCCCCGCCACGCCGCCCCCCGCCCACAGCACCGGGAGGGGUGGGUUGCAGGGCCCGUGUUCCCCUGGAGCGAGGGCGGGGGGGGCGGGGGGCGGUGGGACGAGUACGGCGAGGUGGUGGACGCUGAUGGGCUGGCUGCUGUGGUCGAACACAUGCGCGGCCCCAUGCGGGUGGUGGUGCACGGCACGGAGGAGGGCAGGGCGGCCAUGCAGCAGGCGGGCAUCUGCAGCGACUGCAUGGCGCCCCGUGCAGGGGAGAGCAUCGACCUCACUCCCCACCUCGCCACCUUCCGCGUGAAGCUGAGUGACGACCUGCUGAGGGGACUGCAGUUCCACAAGCUACGGGACGACUACGAGGUGGCAUUCGUGGAGGGUCGUCUGCACCCCUCCUCCUGUGCGCCGCCCUCCGCCUCGCUCUCCCUGCUGCCGCGCAUCACCGGGCCCCCUCUGCCCGCGCCCUCUGGGUCAGGGGCAGGAGGCCAAGGGGCAGACGGGGAGGAAAAGGGGCAGGGGGAAGGUGGAGCGGGAGGAGAGGGAGCAGAGGAGGGAGGGGCGAGUGGGGGGGGAGCACGGCCACUGAUGGAGCUGGUGCCCCUGGAGGGGGAUGGGGAGGAGGCCAAGCGGCGGGCGGUGAUGGUGGGUGAUGUGAAGCUCUCGGAAUUCAAAGUGCUGCUGCAAGCCCAGGGACUCCAGGCUGCGUUCGUGGAGUCGGCCCCUGUAGCAGCAGCAGGAUCUGCUGUUCUCAAGUGUGGCGAUUCGCUUGCUCUUAGAAAGGUUCCAGACCACAGGCUUGUACUUGAAGGCUCGCUGUGUGACGACUAUUACAGACCCUCCCCCCUCCAUCUGCGCGCGCUCUCCGCUUCCCCCAUCUGCGCGCGCGUACGUUCCGCCUCCAGUGCCCUCUUAAACUCGGAGGCUGCUCCUUGCCGGCGGCUCGGCGCAUCUCCUUUUUUCGUCUUUCCCCGCUCCCGUGCGUUCUCCACUGCUUUCCCCUUAUCCUGCCCAACUCCCCCUCUUCCCCCGACCCCAGGCGCCGUACCCAACGAACGCGCCGUGGCAGAACUUGGUGCUGGGGCAGGGCGGCAACCCCGAGCUCGUCACGCCGUACCUCGUGCAGAGCGCGGAGGGGCGCGUUGCGUGGGGGCUGCCGAUGCGCGACCCCCAGGCGGGGUACAUAGUGCAGGCGUUCGUCACGGCGCUCAUGCUCUCCACGCUGCAGGGCCUCCCCCCCACCAGCUCUCCGCCUAUGACGACCUCUCCGCCACCCUCUCCUUCCGCCAGCCCUCCUCCGCGCCCUCCGAUCCCCCCGCGCUCGAAGUCCCCCUGGUGCGCGGGUCCCCCUUCCUGACGUUCAUCUUCCCCCCGGGCGGCCCCCCCGCGACGCCCAUGCUGUCGACGAUCCAUGCCAUCACGGGAGUGGAGGCGAACAGUGACAGCACCAAGUACCGCGUCGCUCUCAACAACGGCCAGACGUGGCUGGUGUACCUAUCGUCGCCACUGGCCAUGCGGCAGGACGGGGCAGCGCUGGUGGCGGACGCGCCAUUCACGGGGACCAUGCGCGUGGCACUGCUGCCGGGCUCCUCCCCACAGGACGAGGAGGCGGUGCUGGACGCACACGUGCCCACGGUGCCGCUGGGGGGCAGCGCGCACGUGGGCGAGUUCCUCAUCGAGUACUCCUGGCGCACCCAGCAGUGGCGCGAGCUGGCUGACGGCGAGACAGAGGCGCCGCUGCUCAUGCUCUCGCUGCCAAUGCACCGCCGCAUGGAGGUGAGCGCUCACAGCCCCAUCCUUGCCUCCGCCCUCCGCCGUCGCCGCAGCGGCUCCCCUUCCCGCGUCAUGGGCGCCCUCCGCGGCCACCACAACCCCAUGUCUGCCGCCCCCUCCUCCAACACACGCGGCAGUGCACGGCGGUCGUCCGUGCGAGAUGCGUCUGUGCCGGACGCUUCAGUGCUGGCCUACCCCACCAUUGACGGCCACGCGGUGGGCGUGCAGGGGGCUGUGUGGCGCCUGAACGUGCCCAAUCGGCCGUGCACGUGGGAUUCGGGGCCGCUCUCGUCCGACGCACAGCUGCUGGACGAGCUCAGGGGCAGCCUCAAGCACGAUGUGGCAGCGCUGCCGCCCCUCUCCUCCCCUUCCACCUACUCCUUCGGCAAGGCAGCAGCGCGUGCCGCCCGCCUGGCACUCAUUGCGAAGCAGGUGGAAGAUAAUGACAGCCUGGCCGCCGUGCUGCCGCCCCUGCGAACCGCGCUCUCCGCAUGGCUGGAUGGCACCUUCCCCGGUAACCGCCUGCUGUACGACCCCACGUGGGGCGGUGUGGUGAGCGAGGCGGGGUCGCGUGACCAGGGGGCGGAGUUUGGCGCGGGCAUGUACAACGACCACCACUUCCACUACGGUUACUUCCUCUACGCCGCUGCCGCCGUUGCCGAGUUUGACCCCGCGUGGCGCGACCAGUACCGAGCUGCGCUCAAGGACCUGAUGUCGGAUUAUAUGUCGCCGGAGCGCACGGCGGCAUUCCCGAGGCUGCGGCACUUUGACGCGUAUGCGCUGCACUCGUGGGCCAGCGGGCUGUUUGAGUUUGGUGACGGGCGCAACCAGGAGAGCUUCAGCGAGGCGGUCAAUGCAUACUACGCGGGGGCGCUGCUGGCGACCGUGUUGGGCGACCAGCCGCUCGCCUCGCUUGGCGCCACACUCGCAGCCGUGGAGGCGCUCGCCGAGCAGACGCCCAUGCACGUGCCGCUCGCGUCGUCUAAUCCGGAUCCGUCCCUCACCCCUGGCUACGAGGCGGUGUUUGCAGAUGCCAACCGUGUGGUGGGAGUGCUGUGGUCCACCAAGCGCGACGCAGCGCUGUGGUUCGCCCCACCGGCGGACAUGGAGAAGCGACUGGGCAUCCAGGUGCUGCCUGUCUCGCCCUACCUCAAGCACCUAUUUCCCGACCCGGAGUUCGCCAAGCAGCUCGUGGAGUGGGCGCAACCCGUGCUGAGUGGCGCUGCCACGGACGAGUGGCGCGGGUUUGCAUGGGCGUUGCAGGCGCUGUACGACCCACAUGGCGCCAGGGCGAACAUUGCUGCUCUGGGUGCUUUUGAUGAUGGCAACUCCAUGUCCAACAUGUUCUGGUGGCUCGCUUCCAACAUGCCAUAG